AGAGGAUAUGGUUCAGGCGUGGUCGGCACAAAAGGUCGAGGGCUUCUCAAAUGUCGAAGAUCGGUGGCACGUGAUUAAAGACCCCACGAAAUAAUUGAGAUAAGGCGUAAUAACAACCUUGGAGCCAGCGUGGAUAUACGAAGAUAAAGCAUGAAUCCCUCAGUACUGCUAAAUGUAUCAUAUUCCUGCAGGAACAAUGUUGAAAUGACUGCCUUUUCACCGUGAAAGACUCGAUAGGAUUAUGGUAUCUGGACGUGAUCGGUAAAUCCCCAAUAAUUACACAAAUACUUUCAAUCUUUAAACAAAAAAUGCACACUUAAUUAUGCGGACCACGUUCUGGCUUAUAACUUAUCAAAUCAAAAACACUAUAAUAAUUGUCCAAUACGAGAUUUCAAUAUUGAAUUUGAGAAAAUGCUUCUAAUUGAAGGAGCAAAUAUGCACACAUGUGUCGAAUAACAUAAUUUAAAAAUGGAUAGAACGUAUGGCGAUGUCGAAGUUUGCCUGUUGGAGAACCAGCAGAAUACAAAUGGUGUGAUGGAAAAUAAUCACACCAUUGCACUUUGUGUGACUUGUAACAGACAAUGUGAUAAACUUCUCAGUAAUGGUGUCAAUGAAGAAUGUGGACACAGUCCAGUAAUUGUGAGUCCGAAUGGCCGCAGUACUACUGACGCUAAAACAGAGACGUUUAAGCCACUCAUACAUAGCGGUGAAGCUGAUCUUGAUCCUGACCGUGAAACUUGGGACAAGAAAAUUGACUUUUUACUAUCUAUCAUUGGAUUUGCAGUUGAUCUCGCUAACGUGUGGAGAUUUCCAUAUCUAUGCUACAAGAAUGGAGGGGGUGCAUUUCUCAUUCCAUAUUUCCUCAUGCUGGUGUUUGGCGCCCUUCCCAUGUUCAUGAUGGAGUUGAGUCUCGGCCAGUUCCACAGGGAAGGGGCAAUAAGUGUUUGGAAGAUAGUUCCAUUAUUUAAAGGUGCGGGAUGUGCUGUAGUGCUCAUUUCAUAUUUAGUGGCAUUGUACUACAACGUCAUUAUCGCAUGGGCGUUCUAUUUUCUGUUUUCCUCAUUCACAAGCACUCUUCCUUGGACAGGCUGCGACAAUGACUUCAAUUCAGCCCGAUGUUUUACGAAUCCUCGUAACAUUACUAACCUUACUACUUCUAGUCCGAACGCAACCCUGAAUGGGUCUUCUAGUGCCACCGAAUACUUUGAAAGAGGUGUUCUUCAGCUCCACAAAAGUACUGGCGUAGAUGAUCUUGGUGCCCCGAGGUGGCAGUUAGUGCUGUGCUUGAUGUGUGUGUUCAUCGUCCUUUACUUUGCCCUAUGGAAGGGCGUCCAUUCAUCUGGGAAGGUAGUAUGGGUAACGGCAACCAUGCCUUAUAUAGUCAUGUUGAUACUGCUGAUUAGAGGAGUCCUUCUCCCAGGUGCCCUGGAUGGCAUUCUGUACUUCAUCACGCCCAAACUGGAAAGACUCGGGGAUCCUAAUGUUUGGAUAGAUGCUGCUAACCAGAUUUUCUUCUCGGUAGGUGCCGGGUUUGGCGUCCAUAUUGCAUACGCCAGCUACAAUACGUUCCACAACAACUGUUAUAGGGAUUGCAUUGUGACGGCAGGGGUGAAUAGCUUCACUAGUCUUUUUUCCGGGUUCGUCAUAUUCUCCUACCUCGGCUAUAUGGCGUCCACACAGGGCGUUAACAUAGAAGAUGUGGCUAAACAAGGUCCUGGUUUGGUGUUCAUUGUCUAUCCAGAAGCAAUAGCUACUUUACCCGGGGCUCAGGGAUGGGCCAUUGUAUUCUUCGUCAUGCUCCUCACACUUGGCCUGGACAGCGCUAUGGGAGGCAUGGAAUCUCUACUGACGGCAUUCAAGGAUGAGUUUAAGCCGUUCUUUAAAAAUAAAAGAUGGGGCCGAGAAAUAAUAACUGCCAUUGUGAUACUUGGGGCUUUCCUGAUUAGUAUAGUGAAUGUCACUUACGGCGGAAUGUAUGUGUUCACUAUAUUGGAUACAUUUGCAGCCGGAACAUCCAUUAUAUUUGCAGUUCUUGCCCAGGCAAUAGCAGUGUCCUGGUUCUAUGGAGUCGACCAGUUCUGUGAAGACAUUCAAGAGAUGAUUGGCUUUAAGCCAAGCUAUUACUGGAGGAUCUGCUGGAAGUUUAUCACCCCUACGUUCCUCAGUGUCGUUGUUGUAUUGAGUGUAAUCAAGUACUCGCCUCUAACGUACACAAGCCAGGCCGGAAUCUAUAUAUACCCCAGUUGGGCCAACGCUCUUGGGUGGUGUAUCGGGGCUGCUUCUAUGGUCUUGGUCCCCAUAGUAGCAAUAUACCAGCUAGCUAACACCCCAGGAACCUGGAGAGAGAGAUUGGCAAUCUGCAUCUCGCCUCAUUGGGAGCACCACGACAUUCGCCAAGGAGGCCCAGUGCGAAGGUUUAAGUGGCGACAUUGGUUCAACCUUGGCUGAAGAUAAGAAUUGACGUUGGCGACAUAUCUGGAGCACAAUUCAUUGCAUGCUCUUCAUAGAUCGUGUGUGAUGUGACUAUUAUAUCCUCACCUUUGAAUGCGCAACUGACGUCAUUAAAAAGAUAAAGCAUCAAACACGCAUCAAAAUAGUACUAUUCAACGUUAGCCUGGCACCUUUGAAUAUGCAAAUAAGGUCAUCGCCAAAGACAGAGCAUCAGACACAUAUCAUAAUGAACAGUCUAGAACUAACCUACGUUUGCCUGUCAUUAUUGCUACCUUUGCAUGUGCAGAUGAGGUCAUCGCCAAAGAUGACGCAUCAUAAUGAACAGUCUACAACUUAUAAACUUUUGCCUGUCAUUUUGUGAACUUUGCGUGCGCAAAUGAGAACAUCGCCAAAGACAGAGCAUCAGACAAGCAUAAAAAUAAAAGUCUAGUACUAAUCAACGUUAGCCUGUAAUUUUGUGACCUUUGAAUAUGCAAAUGAGGUUAUCACAGGAUAUGGAGCACCAGACGCGCAUCAAAUAGAACAUUC